AUUUUUUAGAGAGAGAGAGGAAGAAAAAGGGAAGAGACAAGGAAAACAGAGAGAGAGGGGGAGGAGAGGGCGAAGCCUCGUUCUCCACAUCUGUAUUUGCUUUGCUCUCCCGUCCUUCCAUUUCUCUCUCGCUGCCAACGAGAGAAGACAAAAAAUAUAACGGCGAGGCGGCUGUUGUAUCUUCUACUAGGUGAAGGUAGAGGGGUUUUUGAGGUGGAGAGCAAUGGCUGGGUCUGUUAGCGAGGAGAAUGGAGGAGGGAGAUCUUCGGAUAUGAUCUCAGGCGGCCAGAGAUGCCCGUCUGGUGACUCCCUCUCGGAAUGGAGAUCGUGUGAGCAGGUGGAGAACGGGACCCCGUCUACCUCUCCGCCGUAUUGGGACACAGAUGACGACGAUGAUUGCGGGCCAAAACCAUCUGAGUUAUAUGGGAAAUUUACCUGGAAGAUUGAAAAUUUUUCACAAAUAAACAAAAGAGAGCUCCGAAGUAAUGCGUUUGAGGUUGGUGGAUAUAAAUGGUAUAUCUUAGUUUACCCUCAGGGUUGUGAUGUGUGUAACCAUCUCUCUUUAUUCCUUUGUGUUGCUAAUCAUGACAAACUUCUUCCAGGAUGGAGUCACUUUGCACAGUUUACAAUAGCUGUUGUGAAUAAAGAUCCAAAGAAGUCUAAGUAUUCCGAUACUCUGCACCGGUUUUGGAAGAAAGAACAUGACUGGGGCUGGAAAAAGUUCAUGGAGUUAUCAAAAGUGUUUGAUGGGUUCAUUGUGGGUGAUACACUUGUAAUAAAGGCACAGGUUCAAGUUAUUAGAGAGAAGUCAGAUCGUCCUUUCCGCUGUCUUGACUGUCAAUAUAGACGGGAACUUGUGCGAGUAUAUCUGACAAAUGUUGAGGGAAUUUGCCGUCGGUUUGUUGAAGAGAGGAGGACUAAACUUGGGAAACUGAUUGAAGACCAACCUAGAUGGUCAAGCUUCUGUGCGUUUUGGUUAGGAAUGGACCAUAAUGCUAGACGUCGAAUGUCCAGAGAGAAAAAUGAUACCAUCUUGAAGCAUGUUGUUAAACAAUUCUUCAUAGAGAAGGAAGUCACCUCAACACUGGUCAUGGAUUCUCUCUACAGUGGUCUGAAGGCUCUUGAAAGCCAAAGUUCAAACCAAAAGUUGAGAGUAAAAUUGAUAGAACUGGAGGAAUCAUCUCCUCCAAUUGUUCGUGUUGAAAAGGAUAUGUUUGUGUUGGCUGAUGAUGUGUUGGAGUUGCUUGAGAGGGCUGCAGCAGAAUCUUUACCUCCACUGAAGGAUGACAAAGGUCCUCAAAAUCGAACAAAGGAAGGAAAUUCUGGAGAGGACUUCAACAAAGACUCAAUUGAACGUGAUGAAAGACGCCUUACAGAACUUGGACGAAGGACCAUAGAAAUAUUUGUGGUGACCCAAAUAUACAGCAAUAAGAUUGAAGUUGCUUAUCAGGAGGCUGUUGCUUUGAAGAGGCAAGAGGAACUUAUCCGUGAGGAGGAGGCAGCAUGGCAAGCUGGAAACAAUCUCAAGUCAAAGCGUGGAGCUGCUGACAAAGAAAAACGAGCUAAGAAAAAGCAGGCUAAACAAAAGCGGGGAAAUCGCAAAAAGGAUAAAGCCAAGGAUGAGAAGUCUAGUACCUCGCUUCAUGAUAAGCACCAGAGAGAUGGACUCUUAGAGGAAAGGGCCCUUGAGGAUUUCUCUCUGAAGGAGCAGUCUCUCCUUGAUAAAUGUGAUCUACAGGAAGGGGAGGUGUCUGGUGUGUCAGACACAGGGGAAGAUACUAUUGAAGCUUGCCAACCAGAUCUGGAAGACAGAGAUUCUAGUCCUGUUAAUUGGGACACGGAUGCAUCAGAAAUACAUCCACCAACAGAAGCUAGUAGCUCAGCAACGAGCACUCACCCUGUAGAAAAUGGAAAAGCCAAGAGGACAUCAAUGGAUGACAGCUCUUCAACCUGUUCUACUGAUUCUGUUCCCCCUCUUGUGAAUGGCCCGCACAAAGGACAUGCCUUGCCUGGGAACUGCAGUCAAACAACAUCAAUCAGAGGAAAGAACCAGCAGAACAGAGGAAACAAUGAUCAGAGUGCUUGGACCCAUGACACUGAUAGUCAGUCUUUGGACUCUGCCCCAGAUUCUGUGCUGGUGUGCGAUUCUGGUAGCACUUGUGAUAGCACUGGACCUGAACCAGAUUCCAUCCUGUCCCUGAAGGAUCGGAUUCAGUGGCCAGAGAAUCACGUAGUUGAGAAGGAAGUAGUUUCAUCACAGGGGAGAAUGAGUGGCCAAGACGAUAUUGUUCUUGACAGACCUUCAAAACAAUCAUGUGAGCCAGCCGAUGAAGUCCCUUCCUCAUCUGCCAGUUCACCUGUUACAAAGAGUAUUUCAACUUCAGCUAGGGAAUUAAGUAGCCUAACUUUGGUUGAACCAGGUCCCAUUAGGAGUUCAUCUGCAAAUAGCCCGGUGGAGAAAUCUGUGCUACUCCUAACCAGAUCCCCUCAUUCAUUCCCAUCAAUAUCCCAACCUGAUGCUCAAAAAUCCAUUCGCACCAUAAAGUUCCCAAGUCACCAUGACACCCCAACAGAAUCAACCACAACUGAUGCACAAAACACAUUGUCAAGGCCAUCUAGUACCCAUAUAGUUGCUGGUCCAAGACCAACUACUCCGGGAUUAGCCAUCGCUCAAUCUUCACCAUCACUUGCUCGCUCAGCCAGUGCAGCAGGAAGGUUAACCACCAGUUCCGAUCAACUGCCAUCCACUUCAUCUGGCGUUGCUUAUCAAUCAUAUAGAAAUGCUAUGAUGAACAUCAAUAAAGGGAAAAGUUCAGGCAUUCCCAGUUAUACCUCCUCCUCUUAUUCCAUUGCAAAUGCAGCUCCUUAUUCACCAUUACUCUCUUCAGCCUUACCAUUAACAUCACCAUCUUCAUCAACAGCAGCAACAUCAUCACCAUCCACUGCUACUGCUUCAUUGCUAUCUCAUAGUGCUUUUGCAAGGGAGUCUGGAAACUCUGUGGAAACUAGUGGAUGUCCAGGUUUUACAUUUGGUACCGUGACGCCAGAGAUAUUACAGAAGCCUUAUCAAUCAGGGUUACUUGAAGAGGAGCCUAAUUCAUUUGCAUGGGUAGAUGGACGUGCACUACACGAAGGUGGAAACAGUCUCUUCUGUGAGCCAUAUUUCCAGAAGGACAGGCCGAGCUUGGAUGUUUAUGCCUCUCGUAACAGAAGACAUGUUCCUCUGCUUGACUCUCAAGAUGAAUUUCCCCAUCUUGAUAUUAUAAAUUACCUGCUUGAUGAGGAACAUGUCAUUGGUAAAACGACAACAGCUAGUGCCAUGCUGCACAACCCAGGUCACGUUUUCAGUAGGCAAUUUACAUUUCCUGGAAUGCAGAGUGUCGGUCGUGGAAGUGAAAUGGGAAUGAUGGGCACGGUUAGUUCUUCAAGUGGCUGCCGAUUUGAGAGCUCAGUGGGGUAUCCUGAGGACAGUCUCCAGCAUACAUAUGGUUCAAGAGUUGCUCCUUAUGAUGCACGAAGAGAGGUGUAUGACAUGGUAACGUCUCCAUACGUGUUGCAGCAGACCGAACAACCAGAUAGCUUCUUGAGCAUUAACCAACAGGGGCAGCGUCAGUGGUCUGCAGAUUCUGCCGAUAAUUCAUUGUUAAGAAACUCUGAGAUGUUUCAGUUGCCCAUUUCAGACUAUGCCAACUUGGGUCAUGGCAAUGGGCUUAAUGGGUAUGUUGCAUUCAAGCCACCCAGCGGUCGCUGAAAGCUGUUUAGUUGCUCGCAAUCUUGUUUCGGCUGCAGCCCCUUCCAAAUAAUGUAUCUGGGCUGUUGUCUAGUGAAAUUGAGGUGUAAUCCUUUUGGCUUCAACACUUUGUAAAUUGAUUCUCAAUUUGCUUCGUAAUUGCAUUCUUCUCUUGUUGAGUUUCUCUGC